AUGUUAAAUAUGUAUUCACAAACUGUAUACGAUUUACGAUUAUGGAAGAAUAAUAAUUUAUUUAAUGAUACUAAACAAUGUCGUAUUAUUUUACAUGAACGUGGUGGUCGACUUGGGAAUCGUUUAUUUAUGUUUGCAUCAGCUUAUGGUUUAUCACUUAGACAUUCAUGUCAAUUGUAUAUAGAUCGAAAAAUUAUCGAUGAACUUCAAAAAGCAUUCGAAGUUGAUUCACCAAUUUGCUUAUCAAAACCACAAUUAAGUACUUUUACUUCCAUUAAAAAAAUAUACAAUCAUUGUUCAUAUAUUCCUAAUCUUUUAUAUUCGAACAAAAGUUAUUCUCUGGAAUUAUCAGGAUUUUGGCAAGUACAUAAAUAUUUUAUCGAUCAUAUGGAACAAAUAAGAGAGCAACUACGUUUUAAACAAUCAAUUCUAGAUCGUGUCAAUAAUUUUCU